AUGGCGCUGGCGGCUCGCCUUUGGCCCCGCUGGCUUUUGUCUGGGUCCCUGCCCGGAGGAGCCGCCAGGCUCGGGUCCCCCGGCCGAGCCGCGGGGAGGCCGCCCUGGGCUGGCCUCUGCUGCCUGUGCCGCCGCCACCUGGGCUGGACCGCGGCCCCGUGUCCGCCGGCGCCUUGGGCCUCGGCGCUGCCCGCCCGGGACCCCCGGCGGCGCCCCCUGCUCAGCCCCGCGGCGCCCCCCGCCUGCCCCCGGCGCAGCUACGGCGCCGAGGAGCCGCCCCAGCAGCGCCCGAAGACCAAGAUGCUCAUCCUGGGCUUCUCCAACCCCAUCAACUGGGUUCGGACUCGAAUUUUCGCCUUCCUCAUCUGGGCUUAUUUCGACAAAGAGUUCAGCAUCAAGGAAUUCUCGGAGGGAGCGAAGCAGGCUUUUGCUCAUGUGUCCAGAUUGCUAUCACAGUGUAAGUUUGAUCUGCUGGAAGAACUUGUGACUAAAGAGCUGCUGCUUGUGUUGAAAGAAAAGGUAACCUCACUACCUGACAGCCACAAAGAUGCCCUUGCUGCUGACAUAGAGGAGAUCGUGUACACCUCUGCAGGAGACAUCUCCAUCUACUACGACGACAAAGGAAGGAAGUUUGUUAACAUCCUGAUGUGCUUUUGGUAUCUAACCAGUGCCAACAUCCCCAGUGAAACUUUAAGCGGAGCGGGUGUGUUCCAGGUUAAAUUGGGGAAUCAGAACGUGGAAACUAAGCAACUUCUUAGUGCAAGCUAUGAGUUCCAGAGAGAGUUUACACAGGGAGUGAAGCCCAACUGGAUCAUUGCACGGAUUGAUCACGCCAAGUUACUAGAAUAA